AUGUCGUUAACCUUAGCGAAAUCAGCUGCAGCCUACGGACUACUACUCCGCUCUGGUAAAUGCAAGCAGAUGUGGAUCUUCUCGAGACCCUCAACGAGAAUCAGGGUGGAUGGACAACCUAUCGAACUCGUGGAUAACUUCUGUUAUUUAGGCUGUAUGCUGAAAAACGAUGGCAGCUACGAGAGAGAUAUUCAGCAAAGAUGCGCUGAAGCUAACUCGGCAUUUAACUCAUUGACCAAGUACCUGCAGUUGACCCCUUUCGCCAACGGAGUCAAGCUGCGAGUCUACCUAUCCGCAAUUCGCCCUAUCAUGAUCGGAGACUUUGGCAGUGCCUGCGACGGUGAUGGAAAAGCUUGA